AUGUUCUGCGCGAAACGGGUAUUUCGCUGCUUUAAAGCACUAGAACGUUUGGGAAAUAGGAUCACAGGCGCAGCUGGACCGUAUUUUGUUGGACUUGCGGUGUUGUUGCUCUGGACGGGAACGAUUUGUUUUUCCAUAUGGUCUAAUAAACGCUUUAAAGUCGACGUUAUUGCCCCAAGCCUGUCUUACCCGUUCAUUACAAUACCACUAUGCAUCCUGAUUGCGACCAACAUGCACGCACAUUAUUUCUUCGUCUGCACCGUGAAGCCCGGUUUCAUCGACGAUCCUCCAGUGCAGCCCGGCUCUUCAUGGUUCUGGGCCAAGAAGAAGGAUUGGAGCAAGUCUAGAGCAUUGACGGGAGGCGUCCGAUGGACCACAACACGAAUUACACCCGCGACAAUAACGCGCUGCAAUCGCUGCGGGAAACAGCGGCCAGAGUAUUCCAUUUCUCACCCUUCCCGUGCUGCAGUGGCAUACCUCGCGCUGGCAACAUUUUGCUUCAGCAUUCUGGGAUACCGCCAGGCCAUACAAUGUUUUAUCCCUCAUGGCGACUGGAAGUACCACGUGCCAGAAGUCAUGUACGCCAUGAUAUACAUCCUGGCCGUUGUCCUGUGCUUCGCGGUGACGGUGAUGGGCUUAUGGCACGUGUACGGAGUGUCGAAUGCAGAGACAUCGGUCGAAUCGCAGGAUCACGAACAGUAUCGAAAACGUGCUAAGGCGCGCAAUGAGGUUUGUCUAAACGUCCUGUUUCUCCAUCUCCUAGCUCAGGCUCAGUUUCAGACCUUCGUCAAUUCUUACGAUCUGGGACGGCGGAAAAAUCUCUCAUUGUUCUUCAACAUCGGGGAAAAUGGAUACCCUCUUUACACAUUAUUCAUACCACUGAGGAUAAUGCCUUACACUGACGGGCGGUCAUGGGCUCGCCGGGACGGCUAUGACCGUCACCUUGGACUGCGCGCGGGAGAGGAGCUGACUGACGAGAGUGACGAUGACGAUUUAGACGACUGA